AUGGGCUCGCUGGGCUGCAAAAUCAACCCGGACCGCCCCCUCGACUGCGACGGGCUCUGGGUCUCGCUCGCGUACGGCGGCCGCCAGGCCUACCUGCAGCGGCUGGACCAGUCGGCGGGCGCGCAGGACAUCGGCUACGACGGCUGGAACUUCGGCAUGGAGCUCGAGCAUGUCGACGCCUCCCGCUGCAGCCAUCGUCUCCUGCACCCGGAGCAGGGGGCUCGCCGGCCGCUCAGCGCCGCCAACCGCAUCGGCUUCCUGUCCACCUGCCUGGACCGGCCGGACAGCUGGCUCGCGACGCACCACGCGCUGUACAACACCCUCGAUCCCAUCUGCACCCUGGGCCACGACGAGCCGUGCCGCCUCGACGACGAUGCCGGCCAGCAGCCCGUCUGUCCGCACGUCCUGGGCGAGCCCGCGCGGCUGACGAGCACGCCCGUCUAUAACAUCCGGUACCCGACCGACGACCGAGUCCUCGCCGAGUCCACCGAUGUCGGGGCCGGCGGCGGAGAAGAGAGCGGCGGGAGGAGCCGACGCUUUGACUCGAUGGCAGCGCGUGCCUAG